UCAUAAUGUAAUUGGUGGCUCCGCAGGACAGAAUAAUAUAAAAAUGAGCCAAACCCUCAGCAGAGCAGAGACUGGAAGGACUCUGAGAACCAUGGCUUCCCUUCAGAUACUUCUUCUCCUGUGUAUCACUGUUUCAGUGAGCGCAGCUGGACAUCUGCAGAAAAGAAUCUACGGAGGUAGAAACUGUGAAGACAAUGAGCGUCUGUACCAUGUCAGACUAAGACCAUAUGAUGGUAAACUCAAUUAUACCUGUGGUGGCUCUCUGAUCAGUAAUCGGUGGAUUCUGACUGCAGCUCACUACUGGAAUACGUCAUGUUGUACCAUAUGGCACCCUGCUCUGUCAUGUACAAGACUUUCUCUCACAGGUUUCACAGAGAGUUCAGCGAUGGUUCUACAGAACAGAGUCAUUGGAGGUCAAAAGUGUGAGCGUCCGUAUCACGUCAGACUGAGAGCCGUCAGCGCUGGUGGAGCUUCCAGCUCGUGUGGAGGCUCUCUGAUCAGUAAACGCUGGGUUCUGACAGCAGCUCACUGUCUGAAGCCGGGGCGGACCAUGUUUGCAGAUGUAGUCAUGCAUCAAGGAGCUCCAGCCCAGGAAAUUAAAAUUACUGCAGAAGCUGAGAUCUUCACCGAUAAAGACAUCAACAACAACAUCAGGUCACACGACAUCAUGUUACUGCAGCUUCCGACCCCCACUGACGUUCAGCCUGUAGCACUACCUGACUGUGAAUGCAGCCCUGAAAUGUGA